AUGUACUCCAUAUGCAAGCUACCCAACGAAGUAGUCCUUCAAAUUUUCAAACAUCUCAGUGGUGAAAAAGUUCAAGAACUCAUACGCUACUACAAGGGUAUUGAAUCAGCGCUGCCACUUUUAAUUCUACUUUACCAGCGUUUAUUUGGGGGAGUCUUGUUGAUCCAGAAUGGAGCACCCAGAGUCGAUUCUGCUGGCGAUUAUUUACUUACUAUUGACGCAUUCGAAGACAAGAUUUUAAAUGAUGGCUCGUUUGAAGGCACAAUGUUUGAGAAUGUACGGCCCAACUUGGUGGAAUUUAAAUUCACUAGGCAAACUGCCGAUUACCAACGGUUCAUCAGUGACUUGAAUUCGCUCCUUCAACUUCUUGAAUCUGACAACCCCAAACUACGCAGAUAUUUUGAACACGCACAACAAAUAAAUUUUCAUCUUGAUGCUCAUUUAGUAUUCAUUGAGAAUCCCGACACACUCAACUCAAUCAUCAUUAAGUUACUUUUGGAGUUGAGUCGACACAACUUGACUAAGAAAAUUAACAAAUUCACCAUCAAGUCGAGUGAAAUAGGAAGCCUUUAUGUGGCACACUGGUCUAAACUAUUUCAGUAUUUCAGUUCAUUAAACACCCUAGAUCUUUCAGAAAACCUAAUACGCAGCAAUCACGAGCAUUUCUUAGAUGUGUGGGGCAUGCUGAAAAAAUUUCCAAGUACGUUGACCACGCUCAACAUGAACAACAAUAUGUUGACAUACAUUUCCAAAGAUUUCAUCCACAAUCUACCGCCUAGUCUAGAGGUUUUGUUAAUGAACCAAAACGACGUUGAAAUUAUAGAACCGUGUGAUUUGCAUGGGGCCUUACCUAAACUAAGGAACUGGAGCUUGAAUUACACGAAAUUGUGUGUUCUCAGUCCAAGUCUCGUCACAAAGGCAUCUCGAGGGAAUGUGAUAUGGCCCUCUGCAACUCGUCUUUCUCGACAAUGUUUCAACUCCGCGCGGCACUCCUUGGUAUUGAAUCAUAUAAGGCUAAACUCCACCACUGCGAAGCAGGGUCCGCCACCACAUCAACAAGAACAAAAUGGACAAGCAGUGCCUCCACCGGAAGGAUCCCCGAAAGGGAAUAAACCCCCUCGAUCUACUUUGUUCAAGGAUUUAGUCAAGUUGAUAAAGUUGGCGAAACCGGAAUCCAAGUUGAUCUUCUUCGCAUUGCUAUGCUUGGCCACUUCGUCUGCAACAACCAUGUCCUUGCCCUUGAUCAUUGGUAAAAUUAUUGACACUGCGAAGCCCUUAGAUGACGAAGAUGAAGAAUCUGAUGAUGCAGAUCCAAAAACAACCACAGAGGACAAACAAUUGAUAUUUGGAUUGCCACCGGCUCGAUUCUAUUCCGCAUUGGCUAUUGUAUUUGUCAUUGGGUCGAGUGCAAACUUUGGUAGAAUUUAUUUGCUAAGAACGGUUGGAGAAAAACUUGUAGCGAGAUUGAGAUCUAGAUUGUUUUCGAAAAUCUUGGCCCAGGAUGCUUACUUUUUUGACAUUGGACCUACUAAGGUUGGGAUGAAGACGGGUGAUUUGAUCUCGCGAAUUGCAAGUGAUACUCAAAUUAUAUCAAAGAGUUUGAGCAUGAAUAUCAGUGACGGAAUGAGGAGUAUUAUUAGUGGGGUGGUUGGCGUAUCGAUGAUGUGUUAUGUGUCAUGGAAGUUAACUUUGUGUAUGAGUUUGUUGUUUCCGCCCUUAAUUGCAAUGUCCUUCUUUUAUGGAAGACGGAUAAAAGCGUUGUCAAGGUUGAUUCAGGAAAACAUCGGUGCUUUGACCAAAGUAACGGAAGAAAAGUUGAAUGGUGUAAAGGUUAUCCAAUCAUUUGCACAGCAGCAGUCUGUGGUGCAUGGCUACAAUAAGGAAAUCAAAAACAUAUUCAAUAGCUCAUUGAGAGAAGGUAAGCUAUCUGGUAUCUACUUUUCAGUGAAUGGGUUUCUCGGGAACAUAACCAUGAUUGGGUUGUUGGUUAUUGGUACUAAACUUAUUGGUAUGGGUGAGCUAACCAUUGGUGACUUGUCAAGUUUCAUGAUGUACGCUGUGUAUACAGGCUCGUCGGUGUUUGGAUUGGGUAACUUCUAUACCGAGUUGAUGAAGGGAUUGGGUGCGGCAGAGAGAGUGUUUGAGUUAGUAGAGUACCAACCGAAAAUCUCCAACAACAUUGGCAAGAAGCUACAGCUCAAGGGUGACAUUAUCAUCAAGGAUGUUGAUUUCAAGUACCCUUCAAGGUCAGAUGUAGUGAUAUUUGAGAAAUUGAAUUUGCACAUCAAGGAGGGGGAAAACUUGUGUUUGGUGGGACCUUCAGGAAGUGGCAAGUCUACCAUAAGUCAAUUGUUAUUGCGCUAUUAUGACCCUGACAGUGGACAGAUUAUUGUUGGAGAUGAAUCGUUAACUGAUAUAAAAGACUUAAACUUGAACGACUACCGAAGACAAAUUGGUUAUGUUCAGCAAGAGCCUUUGUUGUUCAGUGGUACUGUUAAAGAGAAUGUAACUUUCGGUAAGCAAGAUGCAACAGAAGAGGAAAUAGAUCGAGCUUUGGAGUUGAGUCACUCCUUAGCGUUUGUCAAGAGUCUCCCCGAUGGAUUGGACACUAGAAUUGGUGCAUCCACUUCAACGCAAUUAAGCGGUGGACAAAAGCAGAGGAUUUCCUUGGCGAGAACUUUGAUCAAGGAACCCAAGAUCUUGAUAUUGGAUGAAGCAACGUCAGCAUUAGAUUCUAUCAGCGAAGAAGAGGUGAUGAAGAAUUUGUCUGGAUUAAAUAGAAAAAAGGGAAUUACAAUAAUUUCAAUUGCCCACAGGUUGUCCACGAUCAAGAAUAGUGACAGGGUUGUUGUGUUUAAUGAGAAUGGUGAGAUUGUGGAGGAUGGCGAUUUUCACACAUUACACAACGAUCAGAACAGCCAUUUCAAUAGAUUGCUAAAAUCUAGCAAACUUGAGUGA